CGCGACAACAUCCGUUCUCCAUCGUCCAUGGACGUCUGCAAACAGAGAGAAACAGGGGCUAUUGUUGCUCGGGCAUCGUCUCACCAUUCGCAGCAUUCCGUCGCCCCGUCGCUCCGUUGCACGAAGCCUCGUGCCAGCCAAUAGGAAGCCAGAUGGAACAGCACGCAGCCACAGUGGCGCAGAUGGCGGCUCGCGUUCGCACCUUCCACAACAACAGCAGGCCCUUCCGCAUCUAUCACGGAUCCACACUCUCAACGCGUGCAUCGUCCCGGCAAAGAGACAGCAUAAUCGACACGAGCAGCCUCAGCCAUGUGCUGCGGUUCGAUAGGACGGAGAAGACGGUCCUGGUGGAGCCGAACGUUCCGAUGGACGCGCUCGUCGAUGCUGCGCUGAAGGAGGGGUUGCUGCCCAAGGUAGUGAUGGAGCUGCCGAACAUUACUGUCGGCGGCGGAUUUGCAGGGACUUCGGGGGAGAGCAGCUCGUUUCGCUAUGGGCUAUUUGACAGGAGCAUCAGGAGGAUUGAGCUUGUGCUGGGGAACGGGGACGUGAUAUGGGCCGGCGGCGACGAUGCCGACACUAGAGAUCUAUUCUACGCCUGCGCCGGGAGCUGCGGCAGCCUGGGCGUAAUCACGCUGCUGGAAAUGGAGCUCAUGGAUGCCAAACCCUACGUCGAGUUGACGUACAAGCCAGUCGGGAGCGCCCGAGAAGCCGUCAGAGCGUGCCGCGAGGCCGAGCGGGAUCCGACGGUGGACUACAUGGACGGGAUCAUGUUCUCGAUGAACAGAGGCGUCAUCAUGCUCGGGAAACUCACAGCUGAAGUGAUUCAGGGCAGGAUACAAACCUUCGACAGGGCCUUCGAUCCGUGGCUCUACCUCCACGCCGAGGACGUGCUCAGGCGCAUCGAAGAGGGAACAGGCGUCUACAAGGAGAGCAUCCCGAUCAAGACGUACCUAUUCCGAUACGAUAGGGGCGUCUUUUGGUCGGGCCUGCGAGCCUUCGACUACUUCGGCGUGCCAUUCAACCGGAUAACACGAUACCUACUCGAUCCCUUCAUGAAUAGCAGGACCAUGGUUCACGCCCUCCACCGGUCUGGUCUCUCCUCGCAAGCCAUUAUCCAGGACCUUGCCGUGCCGUACGACGGCGCGGAGGAGUUACUCAAGUGGACAGACGACAGCACCGGACUCUGGCCCCUCUGGCUAUGCCCGGUGAAGCCAGGGCCAGGGGACGAGCGGAGCUUCUCCAUGGGCAAGACGAUGGGACAAGAGACGCUGCUUGAUGUCGGCGUCUGGGGCAUGGGGCCCAAAGACGGGCGCCAGUUUAUCAAGCUGAAUCGAGAUUUGGAGGCCAAGGUGGCGGAGCUAGGAGGACUCAAGUGCCUGUAUGCGCAUGCGUACUAUACGGAAGACGAGUUCUGGCGGAUAUACGACGAGCAAGGGUACACGGGAUUGAGGAGGAAAUAUCACGCCGAGUCUCUGCCGAGCGUGUACGACAAGGUCAAGGUUGACUUGAGAGGCGUGGCAGGGGAGCAGGGUCAGCGGAGACGGAUAUCGUGGGGCGAGUGGGCGCGGAACAGCUUCUGGGAGACGUGGCCGUUCGGAGGCUUGUACGGAGUUGCGAGCGCGACCAAGGGAUUGCUCGUGAAGAGCGACUUCCUGCUGAAGAGGUAGGCGAGGAGGCCCCUUUUCGAGCUCCUGUCGAGCUGAUGCCUGUCGGCGGUGUGCGUGCGGCGUGUUCAAGCGGAUUGGUGAAGGGCGUCGCUUGGCGGGCCCAAGCUCCCACGCGCUGUUGACACCUGCAAAAUUCAGCAGUGACGUCGAGCAGCGGCAGCGCCCUGCACUUGUCGGAAUUUCCUGGCUUUCACUAUUGCUCGCCCGCCUCUGUUAUUGUCGCUCUGCUGCGUCUCGCAUAAAGCGCGGUCGGGGGUGAAAACG